AUGUCCGACGAUCGAAGCCAAAACAAGGUUUGCCUUAUUGUCAUCGAUGGUUGGGGAGUUCGAGAGGAAAAGCAUGGAAAUGCGAUCGCUAAUGCCAAUACCCCAGUCAUGGACAAGCUAUGCUCCGGAAAUUGGACCCAAUUAGAAGCCUCAGGACACCAUGUGGGACUCCACAAAGGACUUAUGGGAAAUUCUGAAGUCGGUCAUUUGAACAUUGGUGCUGGUCGUGUGAUGGCACAGGUAAAUUUUUAUAUCAAGUGUAAUAUAGCUUGAUUUUUUUUAUUGUUUCGGUCUUUAGGAUAUCGUGAGAAUCGACAACUCCAUAGAGGAUCAGACCCUCAUCAAGAAUGAGACUUUGGUGGCAGCCGCAAAGCGAGCCAAAGAGAAUGGAGGCCGUCUUCAUCUGUGUGGACUGGUCAGUGAUGGAGGAGUUCACUCUCACAUUAAACAUCUCUUUGCUCUAUUGGAAGUGCUGAAGGAACUUGGCGUCCCAAAGGUUUUCAUUCACUUUUAUGGCGAUGGAAGAGACACCAGCCCUACCAGUGGAGGUAAAUUACUUUAGUUUAUAUUGUACUAGGUAUUAUUUUUAAGCUUUGAAUAUUUUAGUUAUUAAUGGAAUUAAUUGCAGCCGGAUACCUCCAACAACUCUUGGAUCACAUCAAGAAGAUUGGAUUUGGAGAACUAGCCACAAUUGUGGGAAGAUACUACGCUAUGGACAGAGAUACGAGAUGGGAAAGGACAUGCGUUGCCUAUGACGCGAUGGUGGCCAAUCAAGGGGAAGAGAUCACUGUGGAUAAGGCUGUGGAGACCGUCAACAAACGGUACGAGGCUAAAGAAACCGAUGAAUUUCUUAAACCCAUCGUGUUUGGGCAAGAAUCCAGAGUAAAGGAUAACGAUACCAUCAUCUUCUUCAAUUACCGCGCCGAUCGGAUGCGCCAGAUCUCGGAGACCUUUGGCUGCGAACGUUGGAAGACCAUCGGCUCCAAAUUCGAACACCCCAAGAAUUUGCAGGUCUUCGGAAUGACCCAAUAUAAGAAGGAAUUCAAUCUUCCAGUCCUGUUCCCACCAGUUUCCAGCGAUAAUGUGCUGGCUGAAUGGCUCUCCAAGAAGGGUCUGACGCAAUAUCAUUGUGCCGGUAAGUUUGUUUUAAUUUUUUAUAGUAUUUCUUUGGAGUUUAGGCACGUUUUGGAGAUCAUUUUGGCAAAUAUAUUGUUUUAGAGACCGAGAAAUACGCUCAUGUCACUUUCUUCUUCAACGGAGGCCGCGAAAUUCAGUUUGAAGGUGAAGAAAGAUGCAUGGUUCCAUCACCGAAGGAGGUACCCACAUAUGACCACAAACCCGAGAUGAAUGCGGCUGGAGUGGGAGACAAGGUAAGAAGAGUUUAUCUAAUAUUAUUGUUCUGAAUUUAGAUGGUGGAACAAGUGGAAUUGGGAAAACAUCGCUUCAUAAUGUGCAACUUUGCCCCACCAGAUAUGGUGGGUCAUACCGGUAUCUACGAAGCCGCUGUAAAGGCUUGUGAGGCCACUGGUAAGUUGAGUUGUCUAGUGCAAUAUUUCUUUGUGGAUUUUUUGGAGUUUGUGACAUGUUUUGAUGGACCAUGUUUUCAGAUGUUGCCAUUGGGCGCAUCUUCGACGCCUGCCAGAAGCACGGCUAUAUUUGUAUGGUAACCGCGGAUCACGGCAACGCCGAAAAGAUGAUAGAUGAUGAUGGAGGUAAAUUCACCGCUCACACUUGCUACAAAGUUCCGUUUACCUGCUCCUCGGAAAAGUACCAACUGAAGAAAUCCCUACCCGAUCGAGAACCAGCCUUGAGAGAUGUGGCCACCACCGUUCUCAGCUUGUUAGGCAUCGAAUUGCCCGAGGAAAUGACUGGAGCCGCCUUGGCCUAG